GAGAAGCGACAUGGCGCGCGUACCGAGUCCUGGAUCGAGCGCUUACGGCGCACCGGUGCUGCUGCUGUUUGUUUGUUCAGCGCUGAUCCAACACUUUCAGCACUGUGUCGCCUCGCAGUUCCCCACCUCACUCAUGGUGAAGGAGUGGGUGGAUCAAAUGCAGCAGGAACUGAUCACCCUGGCAGACACGGCCACUGCUGAAAAAAGUUUAAUACAGAUCUUUAUGGAUAAUCAAAAGUACUAUACUGUGGAACCAAACAAUGCAGCAAAGCUGGUGGAAAAUGCAGCAAGGAAUAUUGAAAACUUUCUAAAGAAGAGAGCGAAAGCUUUAGAGGCACUGGCAACUGCUGCAGAGAAUUUCCAAAUGGAUCAUCAAUGGAAGGAUGAGUAUGCUGACGAUGACACAGUCUACUAUAAUGCCAAGGAUAAUCUGGAUGUCAAUGAUACAGAAGGCAGGAAAAACCGGAUCAGACCAGAAUUCAAAGAAGAUCCAUCUUUCAAAAACCGCCUCAUCUCCUACAACCACACAGCUGUUCACAUCCCUACAGACAUAUACGAUGGCUCCACCAUCGUGUUAAAUGAGCUGAACUGGACAGAAGCACUGGAGGAUGUGUUCAAGAAGAACAAGGAAGAGGAUCCUACGUUACUCUGGCAAGUGUUUGGCAGUGCUACAGGACUCGCCCGCUACUACCCCGCUUCUCCAUGGAAGGAUGCCAGAAAAACACCAAGUAAAAUAGAUCUGUACGAUGUCCGUCGCAGACCUUGGUAUGUUCAGGGUGCUGCCUCUCCUAAGGACAUGCUCAUUCUGGUGGAUGCAAGCGGGAGCGUGUCUGGAUUGACUCUGAAACUCAUCCGAACGUCCGUCAGUGAAAUGCUGGAGACUCUCUCUGAUGAUGACUACGUCAAUGUGGUGUAUUUUAACACCAGAGUGAACAACACAGCGUGUUUCGACCAUCUUGUCCAGGCCAACGUCCGCAAUAAAAAAAUCCUGAAAGAUGCCGUGCAGAACAUCACAGCCAAGGGCAUUACAAACUACACAAAGGGCUUUGAAUUUGCCUUCAAACAGCUCUCAGAUCAUUACGUGACCAGAGCAAACUGCAACAAAAUAAUCAUGCUGUUCACUGAUGGAGGAGAGGAACGAGCACAGGAGAUCUUUGCCAGAUUCAACCCUGACAAGAAGGUCCGCGUGUUCACCUUCUCUGUGGGUCAACACAACUAUGAUACUGGACCUAUACAGUGGAUGGCCUGUGCUAAUAAAGGUUACUUCUAUGAAAUCCCCUCUAUUGGAGCCAUCCGUAUAAACACACAGGAGUAUCUGGACGUUCUGGGCAGACCCAUGGUCCUGGCUGAUGCUAAACAAGUCCAGUGGACCAACGUCUACCUGGACGCUCUGGAGCUGGGCCUGGUCAUCACGGGUACCUUGCCGGUCUUCAACAAGACUAAAUCAAAAGAGGAUGGCUCUCGCAACCAGUCCCAGAACCAGCUCAUUUUAGGGGUGAUGGGCGUAGACGUGUCUUUGGACGACAUUAAGAGACUGACACCACGCUUUGCAAUUGGACCGAAUGGAUAUUAUUUUGCGAUUGACCCGAAUGGCUAUGUUCUACUCCACCCAAACCUCCAGCCUAAGAACCCAAAAUUUCAGGAACCAGUGACUCUGGAUUUUCUGGAUGCUGAGCUAGAAAAUGAUAUUAAAAUCCAGAUAAGAACAAUGAUGAUUGAUCGAGUCCCGGGUGAGAAGACAAUUGAAACACUGGUCAAAUCUCAGGAUGAGAGAUACAUUGAUCAAGGAGUGAGAACUUACACAUGGGCACCAGUGAAUGGCACAGACUAUAGCUUGGCCUUGGUUUUGCCCGAGUACAACAUGCACUACAUCCAGGCAAGCCUAAGGGAAAUAAAGCAAGCCAUGUGGCGCAUCUCAGACACUAUGCAAGUGGAGAAAUUUGAGGAUUAUGGCUACACCUUUAUAGCACCCAGGGAAUAUUGCCAGGAUCUGAAAAUCUCCAACAACAACACCCAGUUUCUUUUGGAAUUCAACCAGCACAUUGACAAGAGAUCACCAACUGACCCCAUGUGUAACAUGGCUCUGGUCAACAGGCUUUUGCUGGACGCCCAUCUUACAGCCAAACUUGUCAAUCUCUGGAAAGAUCAGAAUAUUGAAGGUGUGUCGACAAGGUUUGUGGCUACAGACGGCGGCAUCACACGGGUCUACCCUAAAAGCUCUGGAGAGGAGUGGAGUGAAAACCCAGAGACUUUUGACUCCAGUUUUUACAAGCGAAGCUUAGACAACGACAUGCACAUUUUCACAGCUCCCUUCAUUAACAAGAGCAGAGAGUCCAGUUAUGAGUCUGGUAUUCUAGUCAGUAAAGCUGUCGAACUGGACUUUAAUGGAACUAAACUCAAACCAGCCGUGGUGGGAGUCAAACUCAAUGUGUCCGCCUGGAUGAACAGCUUCAUGAAUGCCACCAUGAAGAUAAACUGUAAGGACGAGAUCUGUGGCUGCCUCAGAAACGAUAAGUAUGUGGACUGUGUGAUACUGGAUGAUGGAGGCUUCCUGCUCAUGUCCAAUCAGGAGGAGUACAUCACACAGAUAGGUCAGUUCUUUGGUGAGGUGGAUCCAAUACUGAUGAUCAGCCUGGUGAACACAUCACUCUACUCGUUUAAUAAAACCUACGAUUAUCAGUCUGUCUGCGACCCGAAGAGAGAGGACAAGGCUGCUGCUGGACCUCGAUCUGUCUAUGUGCCUACUGUAGCAGACAUGUUAAAUCUGGGCUUCUGGGCCUCCAGUGCUGUCUGGGCAAUGCUGCAGCACCUCCUUCUCAGUCUUACGUUCCCAAGUGUUCUCGAAGCAGCAUACUCAGAGGAGGACGUGUCAGAUGCUUACUCUAAAGAGAGCUGUAUAACAGAGCAGACUCAGUAUUUCUUUGAGAACAAUAACAGGUCUUUCCAAGGUGUUCUGGACUGUGGGAACUGCUCAAGGAUGUACCGUGCGGAAAAGCUGCCCAGCACUAACCUGGUGUUUCUGAUUACCGAUGCCAAGAGCACCUGCCUCUCCUGUGACACCAAGCCACUGAGACAGGCUGAGCAGCCCUCUACUGGUCCAGACCCCUGUAUACUGGCACAGAACCCUCGCUACAGGAAAGGCCCAGACAUCUGCUUCGACAACAACGAUAAGGAGGACGCCUCUGACUGUGGCCGUGGCUGUGGUCUGACCCCCUGUCUCGGACCGAUGCUGGCUCUUCAGCUGCUUCUGUUCUGGCUGAUUACUGGCACAGGAUGCUGGUCUUGA